CCGAUAUGGUCAACACUAUAUCGGUCACUGAAUAAGUCGUUGUGUUUUAAGUUGGAGCCAGGAGAGAAAUUUCCCAUACUACAUGUAAGGGCCAAUGGUGACGUCUCAGGACCGAUCACAGUCCAGUUCAGGAGGAAAAGACACUACCAACCGCAAACCGGGAAUUCCACGGAGAUUAAAAUGCUGACAAAAGUAGGAGACAUGGAAUGGAAAGAAGGAAUUCCUGGUAUACAGACUUACCCAAGUGACUUGAGUGUCCAGAUCGAUUGUCUUCGAAGAGGUGUAAAGGCAUCCGUCACUGCAUGCGAAUCCAACUUCACCGUCGCAUUGCAAAGAAAGUCAAAUAUCUUUCCUGAACAGGAAAAGAGGAUCCUUUCUGCAGUAUACAGAAAAACUAUCCCAACGCAGCAUUGGCGUCAAGUCGGACGUAAUCUUGGACUGUCACACGAGAGGCUGACGCAAAUCGAAAUGGAGAAACCGAGGACCAUCGAGGAAAAGACUUGCAUUGUAUUGCAUGAAUGGUUGAAGCAAAAUCGAGGAAGAGGUCUUUACGAAAUCCGCGAGACCUGGAUGUGAUUUCAGAUUUUGUAUGUUUUUUUAUUCCUUUCCGUAUAAUAUGACUUUUUAAAAAGACGUUUGAUGUCGCUU